AUGGGCACCUGGUGCUUCCAAACGGAGGAUGAAGCUGAAGGUGUGAGGGAAAUAGAUCUGUUGCCUCUCCUCCUACUCGUUCUCCCCUUCAUAUGCCACGUCAGCGCGCAGACCAGCGCAAAAGCGUACCCGCUGUGCCCGUUCACGCAGCAGCCGCCGGCGAAGCCGAACGUGACGAUGUCGCGGUGCGUGGACGCGUCGGAGCGCGCGUGCUGCGCGGACUGCAGCGACGCGAGCAACGCUCUGCACGGGCUGACGGCGAACCAGACCGUUGUGCUGGAGAUGCUCAAACCCGAGAUCGUCGCCAUCAUCGGCAACAAGGACGUGCAGCAAUGCGCGAUGUUCGUGGGGUUCGACAUGUGCAGCUACGACCUGGAGCAGCUCUACUGCGCCAUCACCUGCAACCCCGAUGGCGGCGCGUAUGUGAAGGCGUCGACAGCGACAACUGGCGUGCUGACGGUGUGCGAUGCGUACGCCACGCAAGUCGAAGCAGCGGCCGCAGCGCUGCACCGAACCGCAAUGGCAGAGAAUGAAAGUAUCGCGCUGGCGCAGAGGGUGGGCGGAGAGAGCGGUCCGCGCAUAGAGACAAGUGCGCGCGGAGCUCGUAGGAUUGAUAGCGAGGUCGUGGAAUUAUCACUGUGUGGCGCGAAGGGGCACGAGGCCCUGGAAGCUUCCUCGAAAGUGAAUGUUGAGAAUCGGGUGGAUGAGGAUAGUCGCGAGGAACGCGCGGGGGAGGGUAACGAGGGCGAUGAAGCAGAUGAUGAUUACUUGGUGCUGAGCGAGGUCCACGUGGCAUGCCCCUCGCACCACGUCAGCACAGUCAGCACCUUCGCCUUCCGCCUGCCCACUGCCGUGGCUACAGCGGAAAGGGCGCUACGCGGGGAGCCGGGAAAUGAGGGAUGGGAGGGGUCGGAAGACGCGGAGCGGAGUGGCGCGGCGGAAAGCAGUGAGGGCAUAGCGGGGGAGCAGGAGAGCCGGGGGGGCGCGGAAGGGAAGCGAGUAGCGGUGGACGCGGACGGCGAUCUGCUGGUGGCGCGGCGCAAGCGGCGGCGCACAGGCAGCGGUGGGGGAGGCACAGGCGGUGGUGGCACUGAUAGCGCUGAUGGCCAGCAGAGAGGUUGUGCCACGCAGCUGCCAGAAGCAGCGGUGCCACGUGGCAGAGCAGUGCAGGCGGGUGCAGGGGUGGACGAUGACCAAGGCGUGGAGAGGAGCGGUGCGAGGGGGGAAGAGGAGGGGGACCCGGAGGUGGGGCAAGGAGGCGGAGUGGAAGGAGGGAGAGAAGAAGGAGCGGACGUAAGGGGAGGAGGAAGCAGGUGGAUGAGGGUGGUGAUGCGGCACAGCAUGCAGACCACCAUCGCCCAUGUGGGCACACAGGUGUGGCGUGCAUCACUGCUGCUUGCAGACGUCAUGGUGGCCUGCCACCACCUUCUGGGCGGCGCCACGUUGCUCGAGCUGGGGGCGGGCGCAGGGCUGGCGGGCAUCACAGCGGCGCACUUCGCCAGCCGUGUCAUCCUCACAGGUACCACCUCCCCUCCCUCACCACCGCUCUCCACCUUCCUCCUGCCUCGCCCGCCGUCUCUUCCCCUCCCCACCCUUCAUCCAUCGCACGCCCUCUCAGACGUGUCUCGCCCGCUGUCUUCCCGGUCUCUGCUCCCUGCCCUGCUUUCACCCGCCCACACCGCCACGGCUGUGCCCCCCACCAGAUACAGGGGACGCUCAACCAGGUCUGGCAGCAGCAGCACAGCAGGCAAGGCAGCAGGCAAGGCAGCAGGCAAGGCAGCAGGCAGGGAAGGAGGUGCGCAGGUGGAGAUGGGUGGAGCAGCGGGCCCGUUAGGAGGAGUGGAUCCGUUUGGGUGGACGGAGGAGGAUAUGAGGGACGCCAGCAAUGCCACGGUGCUGCUGGCUGCUGACGUCAUCUACAGUGAUGACAUCACGUGUGCCUUCUUCAUCACCCUUCACUCCCUCCUGCGCUGUGGCCCUCCCAAGCUCCUACUGCUGGCGUUGGAGAAGCGGUUCAACUUCUCACUCUCCCACCUCGCCCCCGUCGCCAAUGGCUACGCCGUCUUCCGCUCCCACUUCGCCGCCCAAAACGGUUCUCCCAGCUGGUACAGUGGCGGCCACUGUAGCAGCGCGCAGCAGGCAGCACAGCCAGGAGAGGCCAGCUGCACACAGGCUGAGCACACGGGUGGUGAGCGGGGGACGAGGGUAGAUGGGCGGCAGACGGUCAUGGAUGGGCGGCGAAGUGAAGGGUAUGGGGAUGGGGAGGUGGAGGGGGAGAGGGAGGAGCUGUUGGGUUGGCGCAUGGACGUGGGGCGGGUACCCCAGCACGUGGUGGGGUGGGAGAGGGGGAGCGACAUGGAGCUGUGGGUCAUUGGCACCCCGCGGUCACUGCCACUGGUGUGUGCGUGGAUGGAAAGAGGCGUUGGCCUGUCACCUUGCUCCCCUGCUUUCCAAAACAGACAACCAGAUUCAUGA